CUGGAAGACUGUCACACCUGUCCUGAGUGUGAGACUAGUGAGAUUCAUAAUUAGGAUUUCCUACAGGGUCACGAAUAAUGUGAUUCUCCCAAUGUGAAGCCUGUUUUGAAGAUCCAACGUUUGGGUGGUCGGGAGUUGGGACGUCUGCAUUUUGGGUUCCAACUUGGAUUUACUUUGGAUUGGUGGCGGCUACUGGGCAGAUACAAAAUGCCACCUCAAGUGAUGUUGGACUGUUCUGACCAGAAGAGACUGAGUCCCGAAAUCUCAGAACUCCUUUGCAAGCAGAACUCCAGACCCAACAGCCAGGAGCUGGGCAUCAAAUGUGUUCUGGUGGGUGAUGGAGCAGUGGGCAAGACUAGCCUGGUAAUCAGCUACACUAUAAAUGGUUACCCUACUGAAUAUCAACCAACCGCCCUAGAUACCUUUUCUGUUCAAGUUUUGGUGGACGGGGCACCUGUUCGAAUCCAGCUUUGUGACACUGCAGGACAGGAAGACUUUGAUCAUCUACGAUCCCUGUGUUACUCAGAGACCGACGUCUUCUUGGUGUGUUUCAGUGUUGUGAACCCCAGCUCCUUCCAGAAUGUCACGGAGAAAUGGAUCCCUGAGAUCCGAACACACAGCCCCCACACGCCUAUUGUGCUGGUGGGAACCCAAGCGGACCUUAGAGACGAUGUGAAUGUUUUAAUCAACCUGAGCCAGUCCCACGUAAAACCUGUGAGCGAAUCCCAAGCUCAAGCAGUGGCACAGAAAAUCCGGGCUCAGACCUACAUUGAGUGUUCUGCUUUGACACAGAAGAACCUUAAAGAGGUGUUUGAUGCUUCCAUUCUCAGUGCAAUUAAACACAAGGCACACUUGGAGAAAAAACUGAGCAGCAAGGGUUUUAAAAGACUCUCAAAAUGCAAAUGGAAGAAAUAUUUCUGCUUUGUUUGAGCCAGUUUUUCUUUCUUUUUUCUUCAAUCUGACCUGUAUUUUUAAGCAGAGCACUCCCUGCUAAUUUCUGAAUGGAAGAAAGGGCACUGGGUCUCUGUCCUUGAGAAUGACGACCACAAGGGUGGAACUGGUUUUUCAAGAGGGGGGAUGGAACUGGUGACGUGAACUACAAAAUGAAGGCAUAGCAUGAACUUUCUUGUGUAGAACUGCAAUAUUAAAAGGAAACAGAGCCAUUGUUGGUGCAGAGAAGUUGACAAAUUUCUCCUGUUUUAUGUGCAGGAAAAAAGAUUUAUUGUAAAACAAAAAAAAAAAGUUCCUGAAAUGGUGAAAUGUGCAGAAUACCAGAAAGUGUAUACUGGUCAGAGUCAUUCCGUAUCUGGAUAAUUCUGCCUCACUGUGUUUAACUAAAUAGUUGAAAUAUUAUGUCUAAUCUACUGAUGAACCUUAAAGCAAUUAUCAGAAAGCAAAGUAUUGCCAAAAAAUUUAUUUGAGGUUCAUUUCUUUUGAACAAAAGAACAGGAUAGUGAACUGAAAACAGGAGUGGGAAUUAGAAAAAAUGUAAAACAACAAAUAUUUUCCGCAGAAAAAACAAAUUUUUAAUUGCGUUUGUAGAUUUGGUAAUAAUGGCCAAACUGUUGGCUUUUUUAUGUCGAAUGAUAUAUUUUAACAGGGUAAAUGACACUACUUGUGUUACAGAGCUUUCCUGAAUAUGGCUGCCCCUUCCAACAAAUAUGGGUUUUUUGAAAAGUGCUCUUAUAAAUAUUUAUUAUCUAGAAUGUGAAUGAUCCAAAAAGAUUGGUUUAUAUGUUUUACAAGUAAGGGGGCUGAGAUGAUUGGUGUGUCUCGGUAGUGCUUUGAGAGAGCCACGAAGAAAGUUGAAA